AUGGAUAGCAUAACGAAUUGGUAUUUCGGAUCACUUGAAACGUAUCACUCUGUUGAACCUUUUGAGAAGUUUCAAGAAGACGAGUUUCUAGACAUUAGCCUUGUUCCUCUUCUUCAAGCGGAGUUAUGGAAGGCUCAAUCAAGAAUCAAAGAGCUUGAGGCCGAAAAGUUUGGAUCGUCACAGGAAAAGAUUAGAUCAAAGAGAGGAAAGAAAGGAAAAGAAACUAAAUAUGAGAACUCUAGGUUAAAGAAGAAGAUUUUGGAUAUGAAAUCAUCAGUGAAGCGAUUGAGAAGAAAAAGAGACACAAUGGAGAAGGUGUGCGAGGAAUUGGUGACGAAGAUCUGUGAAUUGAAGACGGAAACAAAUAGACUGUGGGACGAGAGGGAAGAGGAGAGGCAAAUGUUUCAUAUUGCUGAGAUGUCGAGGGAGGAAAAGGUUAGGGUUAAGUUGAUGGAUGCGAAUCUUGCCUUGCAAGAAAAGUACGAGGAAAUGAAUUGGUUUGUGGAUGAGUUAGAGAAGAGUUUGGAGAUGACUAGAGAAGUAGGAGGAAUUGAGGAGAUGAGUUUGAGAAGAGGUAAAGCUUUGAUUAAGACGGCGAGAUCUAUGGAAGUUGUGGACAAUAAGAUGGAUUUUGAGGGAUUUGAGUUUGUGUCUGAUGAUGAUGAUAAAUAA